GGUAGAGUCAGGUCGCCCCACUGCAUCCUGCCGUGAAGUGGACCCACACUGCGGGAAUACCCGGCAGCAAGGUCCCGGCCGGCGGGGCUGUCCGAACAGGGCCCUGGGGUCCCAGGCCCUUUGGUCGCUCUCGCAGUUGCCUGAGCGGAAACCCGGCGCCGCCACAAGAUGGCGUCGGGCCUGGAGCGCAGGCAGCGCCGGGGACAGCCCCGAGUCGCCAGGCCCCGGGACCGUAGCUGUCAGCCCCCUCCGCAAGGAAGUAGGGGAAGGGGGAGCGAGCCACUGACCAAGGGGGCCUGCGGGCUGUACCACCGACCCUGCACCCGGGGGAACUCGGAAUGCCGAAGGGCGGAACCACUGAGCGCUGACGGGACCCUUAGAGCGACCCACACCGAGAAAAUCGUGGAGGGGAGGAGAGAAGGGUUAUACCGCCAUUGACCCCUCUCCCGGGGAUAGUGAAGGGCCCUGGGCUGGGAAGCAAGGCUUCUCGGUCCCGUUUUCCCGAAGCUUCCCUCUCUACACACGAGAAAGACCCGCCCGGUCGGAGACUCAGUCUGUUCGUCAGCGCAAUGGGCGCACGGGUGCCGCUGGGUGGGCCGUGGUUGCCGGCGGCAGUGACGCGGCCCACCUGUCUCCUCUUCUCUCAGAGUGAAGGCCCCGGACCCUGCGCACCCUGGUCGGGCGGCCCCCCGAACCCAUGGAGGAAAACGAGGUGGAGAGCAGUAGUGACGCGGGCCCGGGGCCUGGCCAACCCGAGGAGCCCUCUGAGAGCGGCUUGGGUGUGGGCACCUCGGAAGCCGUGGCAGCCUGCCCUGCCCCAUCCCUGGCUCCUAAAUGCCCUCUUUCCCUGUUUCCUAUCCCCCAGGAGGAGGUAUCUGAGAGCAGCUCAAGCACGGACCCCCUGCCCCAUGGCUACCUCCCUGAUUCAUCUUCUGUGUCCCAUGGGCCAGUGGCAGGGGUGACAGGUGGCCCCCAAACUCUCGUGCACUCCAGCGCACUCCCAGACCCCAACAUGCUGGUGUCCGACUGCACGGCUUCUUCCUCAGACCUGGGCUCAGCCUUUGACAAGAUCAUCGAGUCCACCAUUGGGCCAGACCUCAUCCAGAGCUGCAUAACUGUAACCAGUGCUGAGGAUGGUGGGGCCGAGACCACACAGUACCUGAUCCUGCAGGGACCAGAUGAUGGUGCCUCCAUAGCAUCGCCAAUGUCCAGUUCCACCCUAGUCCACAGCCUGGCAGCCAUUGAGGCCCUAGCCGACGGCCCCACAUCCACAUCCACAUGCCUGGAGCCAUCUGAGGAGGCACGGGGUUCACCCAGCUCCCCAGCACAGCCUCCCCCAGCCUCUGGCACCGAGGAGCCAGAUCUACAGAGCCUGGAGGCCAUGAUGGAGGUGGUGGUAGUACAGCAGUUCAAGUGCAAGAUGUGCCAGUACCGGAGUAGCACUAAGGCCACACUAUUACGCCAUAUGCGGGAGCGGCACUUCCGUCCAGCAGCAGCAGCAGCAGCAGCUGGUAAGAAGGGACGUCCACGGAAGUGGGGUACCUCGACCAAGACCCAAGAGGAAGAGGCACCAGAGGAGGAAGACGAUGAUGACAUUGUAGAUGCCGGUGCCAUUGAUGACCUAGAGGAGGAUAGUGACUACAAUCCAGCAGAGGAUGAGCCCCGCGGCCGACAGCUGCGGCCUCAGCGCCCCACUCCCAGCACACUGAGACCCCGAAGGAGGCCUGGCCGGCCCCGGAAGCUGCCUUGCCUGGAGCCCUCAGACCUCCCAGAGGGUAUGGAAGGAGAGCCUCUAGUGAGUUCCCAGAGUGGACAGAGCCCUCCAGAGCCACAGGACCCCGAGGUACCCAGCUCCUCAGGCCCAGGACACCUGGUGGCCGUGGGCAAAGCCGAUAGGGUUCCUGUGGAGCCCAAUGUGAGCCAGUCGCACGCAGAGAACGCAGCACCCACCUACCAGGAGGAGCCCGACACCCCACCCCGCCGACGUGGCCGACCCUCCAGGCGCUUCCUAGGCAAGAAAUACCGCAAGUAUUAUUACAAGUCACCCAAGCCGCUUCUGAGGCCCUUCCUGUGCCGCAUCUGCGGCUCCCGCUUCCUGUCCCACGAGGACCUGCGCUUUCAUGUAAACUCCCACGAGGCCGGAGACCCCCAGCUCUUCAAGUGCCUUCAGUGCAGCUAUCGCUCACGCCGCUGGUCCUCGCUCAAGGAGCACAUGUUCAACCAUGUAGGCAGUAAGCCCUACAAGUGUGAUGAAUGCAGCUACACCAGUGUCUACAGGAAAGACGUCAUCCGGCAUGCAGCCGUGCACAGCCGGGACCGGAAGAAGAGGCCAGAUCCCACCCCAAAGCUGAGCUCCUUCCCCUGCCCCGUGUGUGGCCGUGUCUACCCCAUGCAGAAGAGACUCACACAGCACAUGAAGACACACAGCACUGAGAAGCCCCACAUGUGUGACAAGUGUGGAAAGUCCUUUAAGAAGCGCUACACCUUCAAGAUGCACCUUCUCACACAUAUCCAGGCUGUCGCCAACCGCAGAUUCAAGUGUGAGUUCUGCGAGUUUGUUUGUGAAGACAAGAAGGCGCUGCUGAACCACCAACUGUCCCAUGUCAGCGACAAGCCCUUCAAAUGCAGCUUUUGCCCCUAUCGCACCUUCCGCGAGGACUUCCUGCUAUCUCACGUGGCCGUCAAGCACACAGGGGCCAAGCCCUUUGCUUGUGAGUACUGCCACUUCAGCACACGGCACAAGAAGAAUCUGCGCCUGCACGUACGGUGCCGGCAUGCAAGCAGCUUCGAGGAGUGGGGGCGGCGCCACCCGGAGGAGCCCCCCUCCCGCCGUCGCCCAUUCUUCUCUCUGCAGCAGAUUGAGGAGCUGAAGCAGCAGCACAGUGUAGCCCCUGGACCAACCCCCAGCCCCCCAGGACCUCGCGAGGUUCCCCCAGAGGUAGCCCCUUUCCAGUCACCUGAGACCCCCCCACUGCUCUGUUCUGACACCCUGGGUGGCGCCACCAUCAUCUACCAGCAAGGAGCUGAGGAGUCAACUGCCAUGGCCACACAGACAGCUUUGGAUCUGCUGCUAAACAUGAGUGCUCAGCGGGAGCUGGGGGGUGCCGCCCUGCAGGUGGCUGUGGUGAAGUCAGAGGAUGCGGAAGCACGGUUAGCAUCCCCUGGUGGGCAGCCCUCCUCAGAAAGUGCAGCUCCACAAGUGGUAACCCUCCACGUCGCAGAGCCAGGGGGCGGUGUAGCUGCUGAGAGCCAGCUAGGCCCCUCUGACCUACAGCAGAUCACCCUGGCACCCAGUCCGUUCGGUGGGGCUGGGUACAGCGUCAUCACAGCACCCCCUAUGGAAGAGGGGACAUCAGCUCCUGGCACACCCUACAGUGAGGAGCCCCCAGGGGAGGCAGCCCAGGCUGUGGUUGUGAGUGACACCCUGAAAGAAGCUGGCACCCACUACAUCAUGGCAGCCGAUGGGACCCAACUGCAUCAUAUCGAGCUAACUGCAGAUGGCUCCAUCUCCUUCCCAAGUUCUGAUGCUCUGGCCUCUGGAGCCAAGUGGCCUCUGCUGCAGUGUGGGGGGCCACCCAGAGACGACCCUGAGCCCUCAUCUCCAGCCAGAACCCACCCGGUAGAAGACCCCCAGGGCUCUGCCUCCCCACCUCCUACAACUAGUAAAGCCCUGGGCCUGGUAGUGCCCCCUUCCCCACCAUCUGCAGCGUCAAAGAAGUUUUCCUGCAAGAUCUGUGCCGAGGCCUUCUAUGGCCGAGCUGAGAUGGAGAGUCACAAACGGGCCCAUGCCGGGCCGAGUGCCUUCAAGUGCCCAGACUGCCCUUUCAGCGCCCGCCAAUGGCCUGAGGUCCGGGCCCACAUGGUGCAGCACUCAAGCCUGCGGCCCCACCAGUGCAGCCAGUGCAGCUUUGCCUCCAAAAACAAGAAGGACCUGCGGCGGCACAUGCUGACCCACACCAACGAGAAGCCUUUUUCAUGCCACCUCUGCGGGCAGCGUUUUAACCGGAACGGGCACCUCAAGUUCCACAUCCAGCGGCUACAUAGUCCUGAUGGGAGAAAGGCAGGGACCCCUACUGCCCGGGCCCCAGCUGGGACCCCCACCCAGACCAUCAUCCUGAACAGUGAUGACGAGACACUGGCCACACUGCACACCGCACUCCAGUCCAGUCAUGGGGUCCUGGGCCCAGAGCAGCUACAGCAGGCACUGGGCCAGGAACACAUCAUCGUGGCCCAGGAGCAGACAGUGACCAAUCAGGAGGAAGCCACUUACAUACAAGAGAUCACCACAGCAGAUGGCCAGACGGUACAGCAUCUAGUGACCUCCGACAACCAGGUACAAUACAUCAUUUCUCAGGACGGAGUUCAGCACCUGCUCCCUCAGGAAUAUGUUGUGGUCCCAGAGGGUCAUCACAUCCAGGUACAGGAGGGCCAGAUCACACACAUCCAGUACGAACAAGGAGCUCCAUUCCUUCAGGAGUCCCAGAUCCAGUAUGUGCCUGUGUCCCCAAGCCAGCAGCUCGUCACACAGGCCCAGCUAGAGGCUGCAGCACACUCAGCUGUCACAGCGGUGGCUGAUGCUGCCAUGGCCCAAGCCCAGGGCCUGUUUGGCACAGAGGAGACAGUGCCCGAACACAUCCAACAGCUGCAACACCAGGGCAUCGAGUACGACGUCAUCACCCUGACCGAUGACUAAGCCCCAGGGGCACAACACAGACCAUGGAUAUUGGGGCUAGCCCUGUUGGGGGUGGAGGGACUCCACCAGGACUCACCUCCCUGCUCCACCUAGGAUCUCCAGAUACUGAGCAGCCAGCAUCCUGUCACUCCAAGGGAGCCAGACCUGUGCUAUGGGGGUUGGGGUGGGGCAGCUAUGGGCACCAGCCAGGACAUGCUGGUUGCCCCAGCCUGCAGGCAGGCUUUGGGAAAGAAAUUUAUUUUUGUUUGGAUGGACCCACUGGCCUUACUCUCAAUAAAGGGACCAGAGUCCAGCCCUA